ACGGGCUUGCGAUCAGUCCUUGGCAGAUAACCGUGCACCAUUCCCCUGCUUUGCAUGCAUGUGGCAGGCAGCUUUCCGAGGAAAACCAAGGAAAAUAAAAGUGGUUUGGCAGCGUGGUGCCAGCUGGUGUGCCAGGCACUUAGGACCCAGUUCCUGCUCAGCAGCAGCAGGAUGAAGCCACCUCAAGAACUUCAAUCCAUGGCUUGCUCCCCCAGCGUAAUUUCCCCUUUCCCAUUCCUCCCUUCCCAAUCUCAUCCACACCUUACUCUGCUGUUUUGCUCUUGAUCACUCCCAGCCCUUGCCUACCUAUCUUAUCUUAUCUGACCCCACUUUGUGUACCUGUCCUGCCCAGCCCUUGCCUACCUAUCUUGUCUUAUCUGACCCCACUGUCUGUCCCCGUUCUGCCCAGCCCUUUCCUGGAAUCAUGGUUGCUCCUCUUUCUGCUUCUGUGCCAAUCGCCCACAUAGAGACACUGUGUCCUGCCUUCUCUGUGCCUUCUCUCUGUGCAAUCCUGGAGCUUGUCUCUGCUCCCGCCUAAUGAAGCUGCUGACUUUAAUCCCAUGGACCCACCAACAAAAUGACCAGUGUUCCCACCAUGCUCUGAUAUGAUUGUGGGAGAGCCCUGGGGGAAAACAGGUGGCAUCAUGUCAGAGUGGGGUCUGGGGUGGACCUGUCACAGUCCACUAGUUCUAGCUGUGAUGGGUCAGGGACAGAGUUGGUGGAGCAGAACCAGAGCAGCAGCAUCCAGCUUUCGAGGCACAGACCUGGUAAGCAGGAGCAGCCACUCAACAGGAAGCACUGGAGCUGCCUCCACAACUGGAGCACCCCGAGGACGGCCGUGCCAGCAUCUACCGCUCGGUCAUCAUCAACACCUCCAAGGAGAUGAUGUGCUUCAGCGACUUCCCCAUCCCCGAGGAUUUCCCCAACUACAUGCACAACUCCAAGAUCAUGGAGUAUUUCCGCAUGUACGCGCAGCACUUCGACCUGCUGCGCCACAUCCGCUUCAGGACCAGCGUGUGCCGCGUGUCCAAGCGCCCCGACUUCGCCAGCAGCGGGCAGUGGGAGGUGCUGACCGAGAGCGAGGGCAAGCAGGAGGCGGCCGUCUUCGACGCCGUGCUGGUGUGCAGCGGGCACCACACCAACGCUCAUCUCCCGCUCGGCUCCUUCCCAGGGCUGGAGAAGUUUGAGGGCUGCUACCUGCACAGCCGGGACUACAAGAACCCUCAGCCUUUUUUUGGAAAACGGGUGGUCGUGGUUGGCAUUGGGAAUUCAGGCAUCGAUAUCGCAGUGGAGCUGAGCCACACAGCCAAGCAGGUUUUCCUCAGCACCAGGCGUGGGUCCUGGGUGCUGUACCGGGUGGCAGACAGUGGGUACCCCUUUGAUUACAACUACGGCACUCGCUUCCUGCACCUCGUCCAGAACGUGGUGCCUAAAAGUAUCCUGAAUUUCUUCAUGGAGUGGAAGCUGAAUGCCCGCUUUGACCACACACUCUACGGCCUAAAGCCCAAGCAUGGGGUCCUUGACACACACCCCACUAUCAACGACGACCUGCCCAACCGCAUCAUUUCGGGCAGGGUGCGGAUGAAGCCGAACGUCCAGGAGUUCACAGAGACAUCUGCCAUCUUUGAGGAUGGCACCAGGGAAGAUGUCGAUGUCGUAGUUUUUGCCACAGGAUACAGCUUCUCCUUCCCGUUCCUCGACGGCUGCGUGAAGGUGGUGGAGAACGAGAUUCCCCUCUACAAAUUCGUGUUCCCCACUGAUCUGGAGAAGCCAACGCUGGCUUUCAUUGGUCUCAUCCAGCCCUGGGGAGCCAUCAUGCCCAUCUCAGAGCUCCAGAGUCGCUGGGCCAUUCGUGUCUUCAAAGGGCUGAACGAGCUGCCCCUGCAGCACGACAUGGAGGCUGACAUUGAGCAGAAGAAAAAAGCCAUGGCAAAGAGGUACGUGAAGAGCCAGCGGCACACCGUCCAGGUGGAUUACAUCCCUUACAUGGACGAGCUCGCCUGCCAGCUGGGGGUCAAGCCCAACCUGCUCUCCCUGUUCCUCACGGACCCCAGGCUGGCCAUGGAGAUGGCCUUCGGUCCGUGCACGCCGUACCAGUACCGGCUGCGGGGCCCGGGCGCGUGGGCAGGAGCCAGGGAAGCCAUCCUCACCCAGCAGCAGCGCAUGGUCAGCGCCCUGCAGCCGCGGGCCGCCCGCCGCCCCGCCCGGCCCAGCGCCCUGCCCCACGUCCUCACGGUGCUCUUCAGCAUCGGCAUGAUUAUGGCCACCCUCAUCUACGUCUCGCUCUCUGCUUAGCCUAAAGGGAAGGAGACAGCGGGUGCUGCCGGCAGUCUCCUCCUUUUCCCUUGGGCUUUCCCUCGCUAGCUGCGCCGGAGCACGGAGGGAGCCGUUCCUUGACGGUGCAGCCUGCUCUGUGGCGCUUUCCCGCUGUGAUACCACCGAGCCUGCUCAAGGGCUGCUCUGGGAACAGCUCCCUAAGUCCUGGCCCGGCAGCCCCACGAGCUCUCUCUAUGGCUUAGGUCACAGAGGUGGUGGAGAAUCUGGGAACGUGCCCAAGCGGGGGCCUCGGGAAAAGGCAAUAAAGCUUGUCACCGUGCCGCGGGGACCGGACAGCACAGUG